AUGAGCUUCAGAUCACAGAAUGAGACCAUCUUCGUUGCCGAGUCCACCGAGCGUGCCCAGGCCUUUGUCUUCUUGACCUCCGGACAUUCGGACCUCGCGGCUCGCAGCGGCAAGAUUGAUUUGAGCCUUCAUCUUCCUGGGCUGGACGAUUACUUCAUCCGCAUGGUGGGGCUUCCCAGUUUCCUGGAUGCCGAUUGCUGCUUCCGGGUGCUAAGAAGCCUGCAGUCGGAGGAGGACUGCUUGAGCCUCGUCCUUGCCAUCUACAGCAACCUGGAGCAGGCCCAUGGAUGCAGCAUGCAUGCUGUGGACAUGUCCUUGGUGUUCCAAGAGGAACCCUUCGUCUUUGCUCCAUUAGCCGAUCGCUCCGUCCGAGAGGUGGCUCGGGUGAUGAAGUCGCAACCCUCCCUGUGGCGUCGGAGCGUCGACUGCAUGUGGCACGAUGUGCCGUCAGGAGUCGAGGUGGGUUGCAGAUCCCUAGAGGGCCGGCUGCCAUCUGAUAUGGAAGACUUCUGCAUUGAGCUGCUGGCCGUACCGGCUGUCUCGGCAGUGGAGGUGGCCGCACGCCUGGACCUUGUGAGACGCACCACCUCUCAGGCAGACGUCAGGAGCAAUGGUCCAUCCUGCGAGAACUAUGUUGUCACUGCUUACUUGGAGAUUUUGGCCGCUUUGCAACAUCGACUGGCGGCAGGCUCACAAUUUCGCCAUCCUCAGCUCAUCGAGCAUCUUCGCGAAAGGGUCUUUAUUCCUGAUGUUGGGUACGUCAACGCAAGGAAGUGCAGGCCGGAUCGUAACAAUUGA